UCUACCUUCCAGCUAGGUCCGACGUUCAUUCCUUGGAGGAUUUGAUUCACUUCUCGAGGAUAUUUUAUCACAUCUUUUCUGCCCCCCUUCACUCUCUCUCUCUUGUCGAUUCCUUUCGUCAUGCCACCUCGAUUCUUUUUUUUUUCUGAUGUACAUGUUUACAACUGUCUGCUUCUUGUCCUUGAGGGAACAGGUGAAGCAUACAACAUCUUCCCCAUAUCUCUUGACGAGAACGGGGAUGGGUUAGUCGUGUUAGAUAUAGCCAAAUGCACGCGUGCUCGAAGAGAAUCCUUCCCGCGCUCUUGUCUGGCUUCCAUUUUAUGCCUUUUUACGUUUCUUCUAUACCUCUUAUCGUCUUGCAUCACGGUGGGCCUCAAUUUUAGUCUGAUACGGGAGUAACGGUUGAAUAUUUUAUUUCUUUCUUUUCUGCGUACGUAUUCUUAUGGAUCUCGAAGGCCAUUCUCAGUAUCCUUGCUCCAACGUAGAGAUGAGUAGAUGAAGCGUACUUCUCCCCUGGUAUUCAAGAAGAAAGAAACG